UCGCAAAGGGAAGGGAGAGCCGAGGCGAAGGAAAACGAGUCCCGGGAGUGCCGGAAAAGGCCGAAGGUUGCCGAGGGGGAGCCGAGGCCUGGCUGAGGGAAGCCGGCGGGGACCGUUGGCCUGAGGUAAAAAAAAGAUCGCCUCAGGAGCGGCGGCGGCGGGAGAAAAGACGGACGACGACGACGACGACGACGGAGAAAGCAAAGCAGCGGCUCGCCAGGCAGCGGAGAGCCGCUUCUCCCCGGGCUGGGCUUCGUCGGCGGCCUCUCGUCGUUUCCAAAUCUCCUCAGGCGGGACGGGCCGAGUCGGCCGAGCGGGCCGGAAAGGGCCGCCGGUGGAGAGAGGGGCGGGAGGGGGGGGGGCGCCUCUCAAGCCGCCCUGUCAGCAGCCCCGAGGGCGGGAUGAAGCCCGCCGAGGCCUAGGAAGCGGGCCGGGGGCCAAGGUGGGCUCCUCCUCCGACCCGGCCCGCAGGCGCGGGACUGUCGGGGGGAGGGGGCGCGCCUGGCUUCGUGGAGGAGGGGGCUCUGCAAGCCCCCUCCCCCUUCCCACCCGCCUAUGUAGGAAUUUGUCUUUUAUUUUGUAUUUUUAUCUCCCUCAAGGUAUGGUGUGAGCUCCCCUUGGAAGGGGCAGCUCCAAAGGGGACCCCGCUGUGCCCCCCACCUCAUUUUUUGACACCCCCCCCUCCCUCUUAAGGAAAAGGCCUGCCUGCCUGCUUUCUUUCCUUUGGGGUGUGUGUGGGUGUUUGGGGGUGGCUGCUUUCCAUUUGGAAAGGUUUGAAAGCCUGCCCCAUAAAGGCUUUUUUUUUUAGGGGUGGGGGGGUUGGCUUCUCAGCACCCAGACCUUGCAGAGAUCCUGGAGGAAAUCCUUUUUUUUUCUUAAAGAGUUGGAGGGAAGAAGCUAGAAAGGCCUCCCCUUUCCUGGUCCCCUGCCCUGAAUAUCUAAAUCAAAGCCCCCCCCCCCCAGUUCUUUUUCUGUUGGUUUUCCUUGGGGUCUUUCUGGAAGGGGAACAGCCCCCCAGCCUGUUGAGGAUUCCUCGCCUAGACCUAUCUGACUGUCUUGGACGCUGUAGAAGCCUGGAGAAGAUCCACCCUGAAUCUCUACAUUAACCACCCCUCUCCUGCACUCCCCCGGUUCCUUUCUGCUGUUUAUCUCUGGGGUUUUUCUGGAAGGGGAACAGCCCCCCAGCCUGUUGAGGACUCCUUGCCAAAUUGAGGACUCUACCUGGCUGUCCUGGAAUGCUCUAAAAGUCUGGAGAAGAUCCUGGGGUUGUGAUGAGGGAACGAAGGGCUGGGAAGGAGGAAUUGAACCGGAGGCACCUUCUUCUUCUUCAUCAUCAUCAUCAUCCUCUUCCUCGGCCGAUUAACUGUCCUUCGACGGAGAUGGGUCUUCCUUGCGAACCGAGGCGAUGUCAGGGGAGCGCAUCAUGGCUGUGACGGCCUUCCUUUCUUGCUGGCAGAAGAUCCCGGUGGCUUUUCCCCGAGCGUCCUGGGAGGUGGAUCUUUUGGAAGAUUGAAAAGAAAAAAAAGAAAAAAAAAGAACAACAAACCUGUGUGGCUUUUAAUUCUACUCUCCGUUGGAAUACGGCUGGAUUCUGAACUUGGGUGUGGAGUGUGGGGAAGUGACAGUCGCGUAAAAAAUUUGCCCGUAAGAUGCAGAUUGGCUAAAGAGUCGUCCUGUUGCCGGGGGCUCCAAUGAGUGGCACACAGUCCGCAAUCACGGACAGGUUUCCCCUCAAAAAACCUACAAGGCAUGGCAGCAUUCUGAGCAGAGAGUCUCCAGCAGACAAGAAGCAGAAGGUUGAGCGCUGCAUUAGUGCCCAUGAUUUUGACCCAACAGAUAGCUCCUCCAGGAAGACAAAGUAUAGCUCAGAGGAGAGUAGAUCCGAGACAUAUGGUCUAGUUCAACGAUGUGUUAUUAUUCAGCGGGAUGAAAAUGGAUUUGGGUUAACAGUCAGUGGUGACAACCCUGUCUUUGUACAGUCUGUCAAAGAAGAUGGAGCAGCCAUGCGGGCUGGGGUUCAAACUGGUGACCGGAUCAUUAAGGUGAAUGGAACUCUGGUAACACAUUCCAAUCAUUUGGAGGUGGUUAAGCUGAUAAAGUCGGGUUCCUAUGUAGCGCUGACUGUGCAGGGGCGCCCACCCGGGUCGCCCCAGAUUCCACUGGCUGAUUCUGAGGUGGACUCAGCUGCCUUUGGGCAUAUGUCUCCCAUCAUGACAUCACCUCACUCCCCUGGAUCCUAUGGAAACACAGAGAGAAUUACCAGUCCAGUGCUGAUGGGGGAGGAAAAUAACAUUGUUCACAACCAGAAAGUAGAGAUUUUGAGGAAGAUGCUGCAGAAAGAACAGGAACGUCUACAGUUCCUGCAGGAAGACUACAACCGUGCUCCGGCUCCCCGACUGCUCAAAGAGAUCCAGGAAGCCAAGAAGCACAUUCCUCAACUGCAGGAGCAGCUGUCCAAAGCAACAGGCUCUGCUCAGGAGGUCGUUUUGUCUUCCAAAUCUAUACCCGAAUCUUUGCAGAUCACCGAGGUGGAAGCUGAGAGGAGGGAUGGACCAAACAGAGGAGACUGUCAUUUUGGGGAUGCCCCCCAGGUGAAUGACACAGCAGAGAGUCCUCGCAGUGUCUUGAAAGAGCAGAGCUAUCUGGAUGACAGCCCAGAGAAGACUGAGACUCAUGAAACAGAUUCUCCAUCCAGCCUUGGAAGCCCUUCCUCUCGUGUGGCACCUCCAAUCAUAGGAGCAGAAGAUGAUGACUUUGAUGGUGAACAAGAACAGAUCAACGGGCAGUGUAGCUGUUUCCAGAAUAUAGAGCUACUGAAAUCACGUCCUGCUCACCUGGCUGUCUUUUUGCAUCACGUCAUCUCCCAGUUUGACCCUGCUUCUUUGCUCUGUUACCUGUUUGCAGACCUGUACAAACAAACAAAUUCCAAAGAGACUCGCCGAGUGUUUGCUGAAUUUAAUCAAUUUUUUCUGGAUCGAGCUGCAAACCUGAAAGUUCCAGUUCCAGAUGAAAUUGCAAGUGAUUUAGAAAAGAGAAGGCUGGAAUUAAUUCCUGAAGAAUUGCACCGCCACUGUAUUCAAGCUAUGCAAGAAAAAGUGUUUCUUGAAGUACAAAAGCACCUUGAAGAUUUUAGACAGAAACGCAGCAUGGGACUCACACUGGCAGAAGGAGAACUGACCCGGCUGGAUGCCGAACGUGUUCGGGACCGGAUGACCUUAGAGAAGGAGAGAGCGUGCGCAGAGCAAAUCCUGACUAAAAUUGAAGACGUGCUGGUGUCCUCUCAGCCUAUAGAAGAGGAUAAGAGUUCAUCUAUACAGUAUGUUGUUCUCACCUACAUGAAGCACCUUGGUGUAAGAGUCAAAGAACCCCGGAACCUAGAUCAGAAACGGGGACGGAUUGGAUUCCUGCCAAAGAUAAAGCAAAGUAUGAAGAAAGAUAAGGAAGGGGAUGAAAAGAAGAGGAGAGUCUUCUCAAAUAUCCUGGGACCUCCAAGGAGGCCGAGCCGCCAUGACAGCUAUGCAAUAGGCAGAGCCAUGGAGAUACAAAAACAACGCCAUCCAAAGCACUUAUCCUCAUCGUCUUCGGUCAGUCCGGAACCACCAGAUUUGGUCAAGAUGCGCCAAAGUGGGAUCAGUGAAGGCAUGGAUUCAGCCUUCCAGCCUGCUAACUUUGUAUCUCCAGCAGCUUCUGGAAUGUUUCUAUCUCAGGAAGGCAGCAAAGAUGGUGAAACAGGGCCAAAACAAGUUGGAGAAACAAUGAAUUCUGGUGAUUCUGUGGAUGGCACACCUUGUACACCUAGCAUCAUAUUUGAUUUUCCAUCUCCUCCCCUGGACCAUUUGCAAGAAGAAGAAGGAGAAGUUGAUAGGUUAGGAGAAUCAGGGACUCCAAAACCUUUCCGCAAGGUGGACAGUGUGAGUGCAGGGGAUGUCCAGAGUGAAGAUGAGCUCUUCGAUUUUGACAUGGAGACCGACCAGCCCAACUGGCAGCAGCUGGUGAGCCGUGAAGUGUUGCUUGGCUUGAAACCAUCUGAAAUUAAACGCCAGGAAGUGAUUAAUGAAUUAUUCUACACUGAACGUGCACAUGUCCGUAAGCUGAAAGUCCUGGACCACUUGUUCUACCAGCGUGUGUCCCGCGAAGGGAUUCUGACAGCUCCCGACCUGCGGAAAAUAUUUUCGAACCUGGAGGAUAUCCUCCAGCUUCAUACUGGACUGAAUGAGCAGAUGAAAGCAGUGAGGAAAAGAAACGAGACAUCUGUAAUUGAUCAAAUUGGAGAAGAUUUGUUAACUUGGUUCAGUGGAGCAGGCGAAGAGAAAUUGAAGCAAGCCACGGCUACCUUCUGUAGCAACCAGCCUUUUGCUCUUGAGGUGAUCAAGUCAAGGCAAAAGAAGGAUUCUCGCUUCCAGAUUUUCGUCCAGGAAGCUGAGAGCAAUCCGCUGUGUCGCCGAUUACAGCUAAAAGAUAUUAUUCCCACUGAGAUGCAACGGCUCACCAAGUAUCCCCUCUUGCUGGAUAAUAUUGCAAAGUACUCAGAGCAACCUUUAGAGAAGGAAAAAGUGAAGAAAGCAGCAGAUCAUUGUCGCCAGAUUCUCAAUUUUGUGAACCAAGCUGUCAAAGAAGCCGAGAACAAGCAGCGUUUGGAGGACUACCAGCGGCGGCUUGAUUUGUCCUACCUGAAGCAGGUGGAGGGCCCUCUGCUGGAUGAAUUCAGGAAUUUAGAUCUAACGAAGAAAAAAAUGAUUCAUGAAGGGCCUCUGACUUGGAAGGUGAAUCGUGACAAAAUGAUUGAUCUCUAUACGUUGCUCUUGGAAGAUAUUCUGGUAUUGUUGCAGAAGCAAGAUGACAGACUGGUGUUGAGAUGUCACAGCAAGAUCCUGGCUAAUACAGCUGAUAGCAAGCACACAUUUAGCCCUGUUAUUAAACUGAACACCGUUUUGGUUCGCCAAGUGGCUACAGAUAAUAAAGCAUUCUUUGUCAUUUCCAUGUCGGAAAAUGGAGCCCAGAUUUAUGAACUGGUGGCACAGACAGUUUCUGAAAAGACGGUAUGGCAAGACCUCAUAGUACAGAUGGCAGGAAACGUCAAAGUUGGAAGAGGCAGAAAUGUAAUUCCAUUGCCACAAUCAGGACCAUGCGAGGAAGACCACGAGGAAGAAGAUGACCAGCCUAAAUUGAAGGAAGAACAGACUAGCCCAGAUAGCAGCAAGCAAAGUCCAGAUAAAGAUUUGGGGCUGAAGACUUCGUCUCCUUCAGUAACCACGUCUGAGAAGUCAGAAGAGGAAGAACUUCUGGAAGCCAACAAGCAGUUUGGAGAAAAACUGCCAGCGGACUUAUUGAUCAAAGAGUCACCCGAACAUUACAGCCAAAGUAGCCCAGAGCUCUCAUUCCAAGCUUCAGAAAAUCGAUGGGCGUUGGAUGCACUAAGAAACCUGGGUUUAUUGAAGAAAUUACUGAUGCAGCAGCUUGGCAUGUCUGAACAAGUGUCCCUUGAAGACUGGCAUCCUUUUUCUGACCACAGAAGAGAUCUGCCAGGGGCCCCUGAGGAGAACAUUGUCAAGAGAGGACUUCAGUUCUCAGAUAACGACGACAAUGCCCUGCCUGGGCCUGGAAGGACACCCACGGGGACAAAAACAAAUGACUUUGAACUUAGUUGUGAUAAAUGGCCUUCAAACGAAUUGGUAUCGCCAGGGGAGGCUGUGUUGCCUAGCGGGCAGUUGAUGGACCCCUUGAGAACAAACCCAGAGCCCCCAGCCAAGGAACUGGAAGGAGGAGCCAGUGCUGCUGAAGAUGGUGGGGAGCACUUUUUUGAUGCUCAGGAAGCUCACACCGAUGAGAACCCAUCAGAAGGCGAUGUGGUAGAUGGGAAAGAGACGGAAGAGGUGCAGCUACGGAUCUCAGGAAAUUAUUUGAUCCUUGAUGGAUAUGGCACAGUACAGGAGAGCUCCACCGACGAAGAGGUAACUUCGCUCGUUCUACAGUGCACUGCAGACAGAAGCACAAUGGACUCUGCCCACCAACAACCCAGGUCUCGGGAUGGCCAGCCAGUUACCGCCAGCUCACCAUUUACAGAGGAAUUGCUAGCCUCCCACUGGCAAGCUGCCAAGGAAUCCAGUUCAGAAGCGUUAAGAACAUCCUUCUCUGUCGAGUCGCGCACCCUGAUGAUGUGUUACAUCCAGAACAUAGAGGCCAGCCUUCAGCAUUUGAAGGAAGUGGAGGAAAACUACGCCGCUCUUCUUCAGCAUAGGCUCUCUGGCUCCAUCACCACAGAUGAGCAUUCAGAUAAAAGUUAAUCCCCUGCUUGCCAGUCUGGAGAUUGGAUGGAACCUUCUGCCUUGAGUCAGCCUCAGCCGGCCUCUGCCUGGACUCUCUUGGCCUUAGGCCUCUUUCAAUGGACCCUUCAGGCGAGGCGGGGGGGGGCAGGGGGGACACUCCACAUAGUGGAGAAGGAGGCAGUUUUUCCUUUGAGGUGUCUGCACUAGCCUUUCAGGGAGAGGGUGGAGUGAUUUUAGUUCCCCUCCUCUUGCUACCAGAAAUUCUUUUUGAUUCCAAACAGAGGAAAAAAGAGGAACAGAAAGAAGAAACCAAAUGUAUAAAGUUCUGGGUGUAGGAUAUAAAAAUGUAUCUAUACAUUAAAAAAAAAAUCAAUGUAUUUAUUUGACUUCAUUCCGUGUACUGAAAGCACACUUUAAUUUGUAUUUUAUUUUGCUUUUUUUAAAAAAAAUGAUAGUGCCAGUUUGCUAGGUUCCCAGCAUCUCUCUUCUUCUCCUGAACCCUUCUUCUGAACUGAGGUGUGUGUGUGUGUGUGUGUGUGUGUGUGUGUGUGAUUUUUCCCCCUGGAUUCUGCCAACAAUGUUCCUCAGGAGGAGUUUUUUGGGGGGAGCGAAAUCUAGCAGCAUGCAGACAGCCUUUCUUCUUGUGCACUUCUGUGUGCACUACAUAGCCAGGGAAGGAUUUCAAACUGGCAACCAAAUUUCUCUUUGGGAAUGCCUUUGUUUUUCCUGUGUUGAAUUAAAGAGAGAUGAGGAUCGGAAUUUGGGAGCUGUGUUCCCUGCUGUGUUCCCUGCCCAGGUACUGGUUUUAUUGUGACUUCCUUUUGAAAGCAAUAACUCGAUAUUUGUAGCCUGGAGCAGGAGUGGAGAUAUUUUGCCAGUUAAGAGAAAACGAUAACAUUUGUCAGAAAUUUCUGAGGCCACCGUGUUUCUAAUGAACUGUGCAGUGUAACUGCUGCAGAAGAUAGCCACUAGGUUGGAAGGUAGGGGCCAGAAUUGUUCAGUAUCCAGAAGUGUGCCUUACUGACUGGUGUGGGUAGUAGACUGAGCGAGACCUAGCUGGGAAUAGUGCUGGGUUGUUUUUUUUUUUUCUUUAUGCAAAAAACGCUCUGAAAUCACACUAGGAACAUCUGCAGUAGAAGAAUCAGGAACAGAUACCACCUCUGGUAUAAUAAUCUCAAUGCGGGGCUGAUAUCCUGAUGGAGCUGGGGCUUUUCAAGCUUUAUAGCAUUGAUGUAGAAAAUGAAGUCCCUGGGUGGGGUUGUCUACUUUGGGUAGUUUGUUUUCAUGCAGGAUACAUCUCACUUGAAAAACCUUUCUCCCUGUACCAGCUGUCCAAUCCUUAGGUCUUUUCUUUUUUUCUGGCAAGCCAGAUCUAAACAUGCCAAAUUCUAGAAAUCCCUUCAAUGUUUUAAAACCAUGCUGAAUGCCCUGUAAAGUGUGGAGUUUCUUCCUUCUUUUUCUUACUUUCAGCAUGAAUAUCGUAGAAUAUGCUCCGUUAAUGAGGGGAAGCAUUUUUUCCCCAUUGCCAGGAAGCCAGAUCCAUUUCCAACUUACAGGGAAGAGCUGUAAGAGCAGGAGCUAUUGUUGAAUUCCCCCCCCCCCACCUUCCCUAAAAUUUCCAGUCAAUUUACUGGUGCAUAUUGAAGGCAGGAAACUUCCUAUUUUAUCUGGGUCGCGAAGUAAUUUGGGUCUGAAGCUACCAAAUACUCAAAAGGAAUUCUUUUCAGUUCCUUGUUAUCAGGGCCAGCCUGCAGAUUCUCAGUUCUAAACUUCUCCCUCCUAAAAUUCCAAGCAAUUCUCCAAGUGGAAAUUUAUGUUCAGAAAAUCAGACCCAGAUUAGAGCUAACCUUGUUUUUUAAAAGUAUUUCCCUAUUUUCAAAGGGGUAAGCAUUUUGGUCACUUCCAGGCGAGAUGGGCAGCAAAGAAGUUUUAACAAAUACGUUUUUCCUUCGGUCCCCGAACCCUGGCAUUUUCACCUUCCUCUGCUUCAGUUCCUCAUCUGUGGAGCCAUAGGAAGUCAGAUCCAGAUGUAGACCUUUCCCUAAAUAUAAGUAGGUGAAGGAGCCCAGAAAUUGGUAAAUUCUUGGGGAGGUUUGGAUGCCACUCCUUACAGACCUUGUGGCAAGACCAGUGUCUGAUCGUCUGCCGUACCUCUGCCACACAGUGCUUCAGCAUCCUGAAAAAAAGAGAGGUGGGGUCAGGAUGCCCAAAGGCUCUGCCAGGCAGCCAAAGGGCCAAAAAUGAAGGCUUGUUUGACCUCUACAGAGGACAGAUCAUUUGCCCCCCCCCCCCCCCCUUCCUGGAGAGUAAAGCAGAGCACUCUGUUCUUGUCUCCUUUUGUGCGUGCACGUGUGUGUGAGUGUGUGUACUUUUGGUCCAGGCUUCUCUAGGCCACCUAUUACACAAUCUCCUGUUAAGGGCAUUAUUAUUUUAUGAUUAAGAAAGAGAAGGUUGUGAGAAACAGGGAUCACCAACUGCUUCCAGCAUCCUAACUGACUAUCGCAGGAGAUGCCUCGAGUCCCUCGCGCGUCUACUGUACAACAGGCCCCGAGCACAGGUCCAUUUUUAUGAAAAGGGUCAACCCUAAAAAUGCACUUUGUGGGAUUCCCAUUGAUGUCGAACUUUUGGAUCCUUGAUGUUCUAGAUCAGCCAUGAGGAAUUCCAGCCAAAGAGACUUUCCCUGAUCUUCCCCACUGGC